AUGAAUAUUGCACGGCCAAACGGAUCGGAGGUGACCUCGGUCGCCUUCUCGUUCUACGAUCCCGAGGAGGUCAAGCAGAUCUCUGUCAAGCAGAUUGUCAACCCUGUUCUGUUUGACAACCUCAACCACCCCACCAAGGGCGGUCUCUAUGACCCUGCCCUCGGACCUUUCUCUAAGCAGCACAUUUGCGCGACUUGCUCGUUGGAUCACUUUGCCUGUCCUGGACAUUUUGGACAUAUCGUGCUGCCAUGUCCCGUCUACAACCCCAUGUUCUUCCCUCAGAUGUACCAGGUCCUCCGCUCCGCCUGUUUGUUCUGCCACCAGUUCAGGAUGUCCAGGAGUGAGACACACCGCUUCAUCGCCAAGCUGCAGUUGUUGAACAAGGGACGCUUCUUGGAGUCAAAGGAGAUCGACAGCAUCCCCGUUUCGAUCAAGAAAGGUAGAAGCAAGGACGCUAUGGAAAUCGAUGGCGAGGACUCGAUCUUGACAGAGGACGAAUACAUCGCCAACCUGGAUGCCUUUGUUCAAAAGAGCCUGAAGAAGGCCGUUUACGGCCACGAGGACUACAAGACCACCCUUGUCAACGACGAGCGCAAGUGUGUCAUUGCCGACUUUUACCGCCGCGCUACCGCCAAGAAGAAGUGCGAGAACUGUUUUGCUUUCUCGCCUUCGUACCGCAAGGAUGGAUUCGCAAAGAUCUUCGAGAAGCCCUUGACCAACAAGCAGAAACUCUAUAACACAGCCCAAGGACGCCGGGAGGCUAACAUCUUGACUGCCGUCAAGAAGGCCGUCGCCAGCGAUUCCGACUCUGCCUCGGAACACACCGAGGACGAGGAGGAGGAUGAAGAUGACGAUGCUCAAAUGUCCUCAGAGUCAGAUGGAGACAAGAAGAAGGCCAAGAAGACCGCCAAGAAGGACAAGGAGACCAAGACCAAAAAGUCAAGGAACAUUGUUGACAGCGACGACGAUGAAGUCAUGGACAUCAAGGACAACAACAAGUUCUUGACAUCCCUUCACAUCCAGAACACUCUCCAGCGUCUCUUUACCGUCGAGCAGCAGAUGUGCACCCUCCUCUAUGGCACCAACGGUCCUCAGAUGGCAAAGAAGUUCAACGGCAAGGUCUCUGCCUCCAUCUUCUUCAUCGAGAUCCUCCCCGUCGCCCCCACCCGUUUCCGUCCCGCCUCCGUCAUGGGCGACAAGCUGUUCGAGAACCCCCAGAACGAGCACUUGGGCAAGAUUCUCAACACCUGCGAGCGCAUCCGCGACCUGACCAACACCGAAAAGACCGACAAGGCUGACCCCGCCAAGGCUACAAAGUCCAACUCCUUCAAGUACUUGAUCGACGCCUGGAUCCAGCUCCAGCACGAUGUCAACUCGCUCAUUGACUCGACCAAGAACCCCACGAUCAUGCGCGGUGGCAAGUUGCCUCCCGCAGGUAUUCGCCAGGGCCUGGAAAAGAAGGAGGGUCUGUUCCGUAAGCAUAUGAUGGGUAAGCGUGUCAACUACGCUGCCCGUUCCGUCAUCUCGCCCGACGUCAACAUCGAGACCAACGAAAUCGGUAUCCCUCCUGUUUUCGCCACCAAGCUCACCUACCCCGAGCCCGUCACCCACUACAACGUCAAAGAGAUGAGACGCGCUGUCAUCAACGGUCCUUCCAAGUGGCCCGGUGCAGCCUACGUCCAGCACGAGGAUGGCGCCCUUUCCUCCCUUGCCAACCUCUCGAUGGAGUCCAGGAUUGCUCUUGCCAACCAGCUCUUGACCCCUCAGGAUAACCACAGCGGUGUCUCGACCACGUCCCCUUACCCUACUCGCACCCAGCCCACCAACAAGAAGGUCUACCGCCAUCUCCGCAACGGCGAUCUCUUGCUUCUGAACCGUCAGCCUACCCUCCACAAGCCCUCGAUCAUGGCCCACAAAGCCCGUAUCCUGCCUGGUGAGCGCACCAUUCGUAUGCACUACGCCAACUGUAACACCUACAACGCCGAUUUCGAUGGAGACGAAAUGAACGUCCAUUUCCCCCAGAACGAGAUCGCCAGAGCCGAGGCAAAGUUGAUCGCCAACACCGACUCACAGUACUUGGUUCCCACCUCAGGUGCCCCUCUUCGUGGUUUGAUUCAGGAUCACGUCGUCGCUGGUGUCUGGAUGACCCUCCGCGGCUCCUUCUUUGACCGUGAGGAGUACCAGCACUUGCUCUACGGUUCCCUUCGCCCCGAGAUCGAUAACACUGGCAACGGCAGGAUCUUGACCCUCCCUCCCUCCAUCUGGAAGCCCGUUCCCCUCUGGACUGGAAAGGAUGUCAUCACCGCCAUUCUCCACAACUUGACCAUCGGCCGCCCCCCACUUAACAUGACCGCAGGUGCCCAGGUCAAGGCUCAGUACUUUGGCAAAGGAGGAGAGGAGGAGUCGAUUGUUCAGAUCAUGGACGGUGUUCUUGUGACGGGAGUCCUCGAUAAGGCCCAAUUCGGAGCAAAGUCGUUCGGUCUGGUUCACAGCUGUUAUGAGAUCUACGGAGGAGACAUUGCAGGCAAGUUGCUCAGUAUCUUUGGCCGUCUCUUCACCCGCUGGACCCAGCGUUGGGCCUUCACCUGUCGUAUGGAUGAUCUGCUCCUCACCCCCGAGGGUGACAAAUGGCGCCGUGACCUCCAGAACGGAGGCAAGGAAAUCGGUACCAAGGCUCAGCUCAAGUACGCCAAGAUGGAGUGCACUGUUGACCAGCUGAAGGGCAGCAAGAAGCUCCAGAAGGACUUUAAGGGCAAGCUCGAGGUCGUCUUGCGCUCUGACGAGCAGUUGGCUGGUUUGGAUGCCACGAUGAAGUCGACUGUCAACGAGCUCACCACCUCUGUUCAGAACGCCUGUAUCCCCAACGGCUUGUUGAAGAAGUUCCCCCACAACAACAUGCAGGCUAUGACAGUGUCUGGUGCCAAGGGAUCGUAUGUCAACGUUACCCAGAUUUCCUGCGCUCUCGGUCAGCAAGAGUUGGAGGGUCGCCGUGUGCCCAUCAUGGUCUCCGGAAAGUCGCUUCCUUCGUUCGCUCCCUUCGAUUCGUCUGCACGUGCUGGAGGUUACAUUGCUGGUCGUUUCUUGACCGGUAUCCGUCCCCAGGAGUACUACUUCCAUUGCAUGGCCGGAAGAGAGGGACUUAUUGAUACCGCCGUCAAGACCUCGCGUUCUGGAUACUUGCAGAGAUGUUUGAUCAAGCACUUGGAGGGUCUUAAGGUCGGCUAUGACCAGACUGUCCGCGACUCGGAUGGUUCGAUCUUGCAGUUCCACUAUGGUGAGGAUUCGCUCGAUGUCAUCAAGCAGGCCCACAUCAACCAGUUCAAGUUCAGUGCCGAGAACUCGUUGGCCCUCAUUGCCAAGUACAGACCUGCUCAGGUCCUUCCCUUGCUCGACCAGGAGGAGGCCCUCAACCACAACAGACGCGUUGCCCGCAAGCCCCACAAGUACGACCCCACCCUCAGCUUGUACUCGCCCAGCUCCUAUGUCGGAGCCGUCAGCGAGGCCUUUGAGAAGAAGUUGAACGACUAUGUCGACAAGAACCCCGAUGGCAUCAUUCAGAGCACCGACGGCACUGUCAACAAGACCUCCGAGCGUUACAAGGGCCUGGACAAGAGAAAGUUCAAAGCCAUGAUGUACCUCCGCUACAUGAACUCGCUUGUCGAGCCCGGUGAGGCUGUUGGUUUGCUUGCCGCCCAGGGUGUUGGUGAGCCCUCGACCCAGAUGACGCUCAACACUUUCCAUUUCGCCGGAUUCGGAGCCAAGAACGUUACACUCGGUAUUCCCCGUCUUCGUGAGAUCGUCAUGACUGCCUCGACCAAGCUCAAGACCCCCACCAUGACCUUGAACAUCAAGCCCGGUGUCACCGAGAGCCAGCUCCAGUCGUUCUGCCAGGAUACUUCCCGCCUCACUCUUGCCCAAUUGAUCGAUAACGUCCAGGUCACUGAGCGUCUGAUCUCCAAGUCUGCCGACACCAAUUUCAGGCGCUACAAGGUCUUUGCCAUCCGCUUGAACCUCUUCCGCGAGGACGAGUACCUUUCCGAGUACGGAGUGUCGGCCGAGGAUGUCGAGUCGGUCAUUGAGUCCCAGUUUGUCAAGAAGCUCGAGAGCGCCAUCUUGAAGGAUAUCCGCCGCUUCCGCGCUGCCCGCAAGACUAAGGGUACCAGCCCCGACGAUAUUGGCAAGGGCAAGAAGGUCGGCUCUUCCGGAUCCGAUGACGUUGAUGCCUCCAAGGCCAACGGUGCCGAGGACAGCGAUGACGAUGCAGAGGAUAGUGACAACGAGGGCCUGGAUGGUGAUGCCUCGGCAGAAAAGUCUUCCAAGCGCUCCAAGCAGCAGGCUUCGUAUGAUGAGCCCGACUCGGAUGAUGAGGAGGUGAUCAAGUCUGCCGACAAGGCCCAGAAGGAGCUCGAUGGUGAGGAUUCGGAUGUCGAUUCGGACGAGAGCGCCGAUAGCGAGGAUGAGGUCGAGGAUGAGGCUGACAAGCGCAAGCGUCAGGCCCGCGAGUCGAAGCAGGCUGCCGUUCGCGAGAAGAAGAACGCCGAGAACCGCCGCGAGCGUGAGGAUCGCAUCUUGGCCACGAGCCCCUAUGUCAAGAACUACUCGUUCGAUACUGAGCAGGGAUCGUGGUGCGAGAUCGAGAUGCAAUUCCCCGCCGAUACCAAAAAGCUGUUGAUGGUCAACCUUGUCAGCGCUGUUGCCCCUACCUGCAUUCUCCACGAGAUCAAGGGUAUCGAACGCGUUUUCAUGUCGGAGGACGAGAAGGGCACCCCCCAGGUUGCCACCGAGGGUGUGAACUUGAAGGGUAUCUGGGAGUACGCCGACUUGAUUGACGUCAACUCGAUCUACUCCAACGACAUUGGCGCCAUCUUGAGGACGUAUGGUGUUGAGGCUGCCCGCAUGGCCAUCAUUCAGGAAAUCAGCGGAGUUUUCGGUGCCUACGGUAUCGAUGUCGACCGUCGCCACUUGACCAUCAUUGCCGACUACAUGACUUUCGAGAGUGGAUUCAAGCCAUUCAACCGUAUGGGUAUCGAGUCCUCAACGUCGCCCUUCUUGAAGAUGUCGUUCGAGCGUACGUGUCACUUCUUGACCCAAGCCACUCUUCAUGGAGACUAUGAUAGUCUGGAGUCGCCCUCUGCCCGCAUUGUGAUGGGCAAGGUCGUCGAUGGAGGCACUGGAUCUUUCGAUGUGAUGCAGCCCUUGGUUCCCGAGUCCAACGCUGUAUAA